UACCACCGCAGCAGUCAGUCGAGUCGAAACCGUUGGCGCUGUCAGACUAUCUAGUCAUUAAAAAAAAAUAAAAGAAUAUUUAAACAAAAAAAAGGUCAUCAUGAGAGUGUUCAUCGUAUUGACGGCAGUCGCUGCCAUUGCAAGCGCCCAAUUCAAGUGCCCCGCUAAAGACGGCCAGUAUGAAGACGACAGACAAUGCGACAAGUUCUUCGAAUGUGUCGAUGGAGUCGCCACAACCAAGCUCUGCCCGGACGGUCUUGUGUUCGACCCUACUAUCAGGAAGAUCAACAAAUGCGACCAGCCCUUCAACGUAGACUGCGGCGAUAGGACUGAACUCCAGCCCCCCAAGCCCAACUCACAAUGUCCCCGCCGCAAUGGAUUCUUUGCCCAUCCCGACCCCUCUGUGUGCAACAUCUUCUACAACUGCAUCGAAGGUGAAGCCACCGAGGUCAAGUGUACCGCCGGCCUUCACUUCGACGAGUACUCCGGUACCUGCGUCUGGCCCGAUUCCGCCGGAAGACAAGGAUGUAACGAACAACAAAAAAAAACAAAGGACGGCUUCGAGUGCCCCAAAGAGCAGCUGGUUGAUGCCCAAGGACAGAUCGUCGCUCACCCCAAGUUCCCCCACCCCAACGACUGCCAACGUUUCUACGUAUGCCUGAACGGUGUCGAGCCCCGUGACCUCGGCUGCCAAGUCGGAGAGGUUUAUAACGAAGAGAGCCAGAAAUGCGAUGCGCCUGAGAACGUUCGCGGAUGCGAGGACUGGUACAAGGACUCUGAGGAAGCCGCACCAGGACCCAAAUCGAGAUCUUAAGCCGUAUAGUGAUACUACAUUAUAUUAUAAUUACAACUUAAGACUUAUUAAGUUAAUAC